AAAAGCCCACAACCUAUUUGUCUAUCCUCCAUCUUUUCUAACCUUACCAACAAGCAUAAAAUGGCGGUGAACACUCACGCUCAAAUGUAUGGUCAACAUCCGGGUCAAUACAUCGUACCAUUUGUCUGUUUGUUGAUCAUAGUCAUGGACCUCACCGCGGGAAUUCUUGGUAUCCAGGGUGAGGUUGCUCAAAACAAGGUACAAAAUCUAAGAGUAUGGAUCAUUGAGUGUCGGGAUCCAAGUUAUGAAGCGUUUAAACUAGGGUUUGCGGCUUUAGUGCUCUUGACGUUUGCGCAUGCCAUUGCAAACUUGUUUGGCGGCUGCCACGUUGUAUGGUCGAAACCAGAAAUGGACCGUGCCAGUUCUAACAAGCAAUUAGCGAUGGCUUCACUCAUCCUCUCAUGGAUUACCCUAAUCAUUGGAUUCUGGAUGCUAAUUGCUGGAGUCUUGGCUAACUCGAGUUCAAGAAAAUCAUGCGGUGUUUCAAACCAUCGUUACUUGUCCAUUGGAGGCAUCGCGUGCAUCAUUCAUGGCAUGUUCGCGGUUUCUUAUUACAUUUCCGCCACCGCUGUUGUGAAAGAAGAAAAGAAGUUGAACCCACAUGGUCCGGUGAUGAACCCACAAGGGUUGCCGAUGCAACAGCCCGCACCAUCGGCACCUGCUUAAAACAUAAAUUUAACCUGAUCCAGUCAUCUAGAUAUCUUCAGUUUUCUACAUCUAUUUUUUUUUUUUUUUUUUUGUGUGUUUUCUAUCAGUCGAAAAGCAUGAUUUGUUCAAAACCUUUCACCUGAUUCUCAGGUAUCGGAUGUUAUUUCAUUUAGACGAAAUUCAAAAACUUUAUAUAGCAAGAAUGUUGAACCA